AUGGCCUCAACACUCGCCAUCGGCGUAGGCAUUGCCGCUGCUGCAUUCUUUGGCCGUGCCGGCGUCGUCGCAUUCCGCCGCUGGCGCAACCCCAACGGCCUGAACGCCCUCGGCCGGCCGUUCUACAAGGGCGGCUUCGAACCCAAGAUGACGCGGCGGGAGGCGUCGCUCAUCCUCGACCUCAGCGAGCGAACGCUCACGAAGGAGAAGAUCCGCAAAAGCCAUCGGGCACUGAUGUUGUCGAAUCACCCGGACCGAGGCGGCAGUCCGUACCUGGCCAGCAAAGUCAACGAGGCGAAGGAGUUUUUGGAAAAGAAUGGGUGA